UUAUCUAUACACAGUAGUAUAAGUUAUGGUUACAUCGUAGAUAGACGUGUAUUAUUUAUUAUUUUGCUGAUAACAAAUAUUGAGUAAAUAGUGGCCGUACUCAAGUGGACAAAAUCAAUUGAGAUUAUCACACUUCCUUCAAAAUUAUCUGAAGAUUCACUUCAAUAUAACAUGUUUCAUUAGCACCGUGAACAUUCAAACAAUACGCGGCAACAAUAUGACACCAAUCACGAAGUUAUUACUCUUAUGUGUGUUUACGUGUAUCGUGUCGGUGAGUAGCGGCGCGCGGAUCCUGUGCGUGUACCCGGUGCCGUUCCACAGCCACCAGGCGGUGUUCAACGCGCUGAGCGAGGCCCUGGCGCGCGCGGGGCACCAGGUCGUGGCCCUCACGCCGCUCCCGCACCCCGCCCCGCCCCCCGGCCUCACCCAGAUCGACGUCCACCAGCUCUCCUACCGCCUCUGGGAAGAAGGCUACAAAAAAUUCCAACAUGACAACGGCGGCUUCGGGGUAGACUUCAUCACCACUUGGACGCAGCUAAGUCCGGUGCUGCACAAAAUUGUUGAGUCACAAAUCGAAACGCCAGAAAUGCAAGCCAUCAUCAAAGACCCUAAGCAACACUUCGAUGUGAUUCUAGUGGAAGCUGUCAUACCGCUGAGCAUCAUGGUAGCGGCCCGGUUUAAGGCGCCAGUUAUUCAGGUCAGCUCGUUCUUCGGAGGAAACGACAACUUCAUGGCCAUGGGAGUGCCCGUGCAUCCUAUCAUAUUCCCAGAGUUCGGAGCUCGGAAAACCUGGAAAUUUUCCUUCUGGGAUAAAAUAUCUAGUGUGUAUGAUUUCAUAAGAAUGAGAAGAUUUGAAUCCAGUAUUAGGGCUACUGAAAAUGCCAUAAUAAGAAAACACUUUGGUGAGAACGCGCCAACCGUUGAGGAGUUACAGAAGAAUAUUCACAUGUUGUUCCUAAAUGUGCACCAGAUAUGGGACAACAAUCGUCCAGUGCCUCCCUCGGUCCUGUACAUGGGAGCUUUGCAUGUCAAGAAGCCUAAACCAAUUCCAGAGAACUUCAAGAAAUAUUUGGAUGCUUCCAAAAACGGAGUAAUUUACGUGAGUUUAGGGUCCAAAUUUUUAUUCUCUGACCUACCAGACGAAGACGUCAGAGUAUUUAUGAAGGUAUUUGCGGAUAUUCCUUAUGAUGUCCUCCUGAAAUGGAACGGAGGUGAUCUACCCAACAAACCACCAAACGUCCGACUGGAAAAGUGGAUUCCUCAAAACGAUAUACUGCAUCAUCCUAAGAUAAAAGCGUUUGUCACACAAGGUGGCUUGCAGUCUACAGACGAAGCGAUAGCAGCCAACGUUCCAUUGAUUGGGUUCCCAGUCAUUGGAGAUCAGUGGUACAAUGCACAGAAGUACGAGCAAUUCGGCAUCGGGAUAGAACUUGACAUCAAAAAUGUUCAAGAGGAAAAUUUGCGCAAUGCCAUCUUGUCAGUUGCUAGUGAGAAAAGCUAUCGGGAGAACAUAACUCGCCUAUCAGAGGUGAUGCGGGAGCAGCGACAAGGCGGGCUGGAGAAGGCCGUCUAUUGGACAGAAUACGUCGCAACGCGCGGCGCACUUCACCUCAGAUCCCCAUUGGCUGACGCACCUCUCGUUGACUACUUCAUGUUGGAUGUUAUAGCUGCAGCUUUUGCGAGUGUUCUAAUAGCAAUUACUGUGAUAUUAGUUUUAAUUGGUGGCAUAUUUAAGAGCUUCAGGAGAGAAACGCAUGUAAAAGUUAAGAGAAAUUGAACAGUACUUAUUUAAGAAAUUAUAUUCAAUGUACAAAAUCAAAACAAUAUAAGUAGGUAUUCAUAAUUGUUAACUA